AUGUGCCUGCUGGCCGGCCUGUUCGGAGGGGACGCGCACCACGACGGCGACGGCGGCGGCGGCGGCGGCGGCGACUCUGCGCGGGCCGCCUGGAAGCCGUCCUGCGGGAACCUGGGGCUGCUGCUGCAGCGCUUCAUGGAGCUCGCAGUGAUGCCGUACAGCAGCGGGGCCGUGGCCACAGCGAUGCCGGUGCCCUCGGCCAGCCGCUUCUCGGCGGGCUCCUACCGCCUCAGCUCGUCGCUCAGCAGCCCCAGCUACUACACGUCCGAGUACCGCUCCAAGUACAGCACCCCCUCCAGCUCGACGUCGUCGGUGGCGGCGUACGGCCGGCGGCACCUGAGCCUGUCGGAGGCGGACUCCGGGCUGGGCGCCUCGUCGCGCUACAGCUCCGCCUCGGGCUCCAGCUUCAGCCUCUCGUCGUCGUCGUCGCGCGAGCGCAGCGAGGCGCGCGAGCCCGCCUACUCGCGGGCGUCCAGCCGGUCGCGCGCCGACUCCGGCGCCACCUCGGCGUCGGCGUCGGCCUCUGCCGGCUCGUCGGCCGGCGUGUCGGGCGGGCGCGCCCCGCGCAGCUCCACGGCGGCCGCGCUCGACGCCGUCCAGGACCUGUACAACAAGUACUCGCCGUCCGCCUACCUCUCCCCGGCCUCUUGCUCGUCCGCGUCCUCUUCCUCGGCGUCGUCGGACGACGAGGCGGCGGCCGCGGCCGGCGCGGGCCCCGCGGCCCCGGGGGCGGCGAGCGGCGGCGGCGGCGGCGGCGACGAGCCUGGCCCCGUGUCGGAGGUGCGGCGCCGCCUCGACUCGGUGUCGGCGUCGCCGUCGCCGCCCCCGCAGGGCGCAGCGCCGGCCGCGGCCGCGCCCGCCGCCGCCCCCACGGUGAGCGUGAUCCAGCAGAACGGUACUAGAGUCCGCAGGCGCAUUCUCGUCACGCCGGGGCCCGACGACGGCGACGAAGGCGACGGGGAGCGGUCGGCAACGGCGGCGGUGGCGGCUGCGGCAGCGGCCGACGGCAGCGGCGCGUCCCCGUCGCGGGUCGCAAAGGCAAAGAGCAGGGCGGACUCGAGCGAUGAGGAGAGCUCCGACGAGGAGGCGCGGGACCGCGUGGUCGCGGGGGCGGCCCGCCUGGGCACGGUGCGCCGCCGGCCCCCGUCCCAGGCGGCCUCCGUGGGCUCCGCCGCCCGCUUCGAAAGCCAGCCGGAAAUCAGUGCUUCUCCACGUCUCUUGCGUGGCUAUUCACGAACUCCAGGAAAUGAACGCGGUGGUCUUGCUGGCUUGCGUAACAUUGGAAAUACAUGCUUCAUGAAUUCUGUGAUCCAGUGCCUCAGUAAUACAAAACCUCUGCUGGAAUACUUGCUCAAUGAUGGCCACCUGCCUGACAUAAAUACAACUGUUUCUGGUAUGAAAGGGGCCCUCAUUAAAGCAUUCACUACAGUAAUACAAGAACUAUGGCACAGUGACAGUAAUGGCACAGUCGUAAAUACUACAGCACUGAAAUCACAAAUCCAACGAUUUGCACCACGUUUUAUGGGCUACAGUCAGCAAGACGCUCAGGAAUUUCUGCGAUAUUUAUUAGAGGGGCUACACGAAGAUGUGAAUCGUGUUACUGUCAAACCUAAACCGAUUCUUACAGAAAUUGAUGAGACAUUAAGUGACCAGCAGAAAUCAGCCGAAGCUUGGAAACGGUACCUUCGUGCUGACGACAGCAAGAUAGUGGACAUCUUUGUGGGCCAACUCAAAUCGACACUGCGAUGUACGGUGUGUGGUCACUGCUCUGUGACAUUUGAUCCCUUUUGGGAUCUCUCUCUGCCUAUCCCCGUGCGUACGGGGCAAGUGCGUCUCCAGCAGUGUCUCGACAGUUUCACACGGGAGGAAGUCCUCGAUGGUGAUGAGAAACCUACAUGUUCAAAGUGCCAGAUGCGUCGAAAAUGUACAAAAAGUUUCACUAUCCAGAAGUUUCCGAAGAUUUUGGUGCUUCAUUUGAAACGGUUUUCACCUACUGAAAGGUUCCGUGGUAAAUUGAAUGUGACUGUUGACUUUCCACUAACUGGCCUAGACCUGAGUGCGUAUGCUGCUAACAGGGGUCAGGGUUGCACAUACAACUUGUAUGGAGUUGCAAACCACUCUGGGACAACUUACUCGGGACACUACACUGCGUACUGCAAGCACCCUUAUACGGGAGAAUGGCACGAGUACAAUGACUCAAGGGUAUCAACCAUUUCAUCUAGAAGUAUCAUGUCAAGUGAAGCCUAUGUCCUGUUUUAUGAACUUUUUGGACACACCUCACAUUUAUAAUCUUAGUGUGCCUCCAUUAUAUUGUGCUUCACCAGUUGAAAAGUGAAAGAACACUUAAAAUCUCAGAUUUUAUACAAAAUUUGACAUUGGUCAUUGUAUUAUUUAUUUAAUUUUGAAAUUAACUGAGGAGGUGUUGCCUGUUUUUUAUUGCUGGAAAGUUUUUUAAAUUAUAUGUUUGUUUUAAAGCAAUGUAACAAGCAAAUUGUGUGAAAGAGAAAGUGAGAAAGACACGUCAGAAAUUUUAAGAAAAUUGUAUAUUAUUAAAAUAAAAGAGAAACUAUCAAACUUCUCAUAAUAUUAUGAACAAGAGUAAUGAAAUAAUUUCAUUAUUUGUCAUAAAAUAACCUGCAUGAUGCACUAGUACAAACAAAAUGUCCCUGUUAUUGUCAUUGUGCAUCACAGCUAACUAUGUUUAACAACUGAGUGGAUUUUUUUUAAAUAUAUGUAAGAAUCAUUAUGCCUGUGAGUAUUUUUUUAAUUUUAAAAAUAUUUUAUAAGGGUAUAGAAAUGUUACCAUAAGCAAUGUACUGCAAAUGUUCUCUUUUGACUUAUAUAUCACGCGUUCAUCUUUGGUACUUACGGCUAGUAUGACUUGACCAAGGAUCUAACAGUUUAUCUUUAAUUUAUUUUACAAGUGAAUCAUUAUUUUUACUAUUUCAUGAGUAAUGUUAAGCUGUUUGGUUUCUUUCAGCAUGAUACACUGUACAUAAUUUACAGGCUGAAUCAUAGAUGAUCAACUUCUUCCCUCUUAAUAAAUGGUGCUAGGUAUAUGGAAUUCAGUUUUUAACUGCGUUAUAGGUAUUCCAGUAUUUGUGUGGAGAAAAACCCUAUUUAUUCUCAACAUAAAUAUUUCUGUUCAUGAAUUUAUAUCAUCUAAGAUGUCAAGGAUAGGUAUAUGUGUAAUACAUGUGGAAGGUACACAAAUAAUAAUUUCAUAAGAAGCUAAGUGGAAGUGAUGAGAGAGUAAAAUUGGGCAGGGGGGGGGGGGGGGGGGAGGUGACACACCCUGAAAAUCAAUAAGAAAAUAUAAAAAAAAAUAAAAAAGAUUUCAACUAUAAACUUAAACUUGAACCAUUCAUUCUUCCUGUUCAUGUAUUGCUUCUCUGUAGAAGAAGAUCAUUACCAUAAUUUAAGAAAUAUUUAUUGUUGUUACUUGCCAUGUGGUGUCUUUUGUAAAUAUACCAGUGUCGAUAAGAAAUACUCUACUUUUGGCCAUAACUAUCAAUGAUAAAUUUUGAUGGUUUCCUUAAAUGGCAUGUAUUGUAUCUUUUUAUUGCACCUCUAUGAAGGUGGGUUGUGAAUACAGAGCUCGAUUGUGAUUGGUGUUGAUAUUUCAAGUAAUUGUUGUGAUUAUAAUUGUGAUAAGUAGCACUGUGAUGAAACUUUAUAAGCUUACGUCAGCAGACAACAAUGAACAAUUUAUGGAUUAAUAUAGAUUACAGAAGAUGGCAUUGUGUCAUAUAGUAAACAUUGUUUUAGGGUAUAUUGCGUUGUACACUGGCAAAUAAUAGUGGAAUGCAUUGUUGGUUUCUAAAUGACAGUCAUGUUGGAAAUUAAUUUAGUCUUAGAUUCACUGUCAAAUAUCAUUUUUCUAUUCAUUCCAACAUAUUAUUUAUUGAUAUAAAUGUUUUGUUGUACUCUUAUUGUCUAGAAGAAUUUGUUUUACUAGACAUAAUGAGCAGUAGUUGAAGCAUUGCAAACACAGUGUACAUACAUUUAAACAGCUUAUCAUUUAUGGAAUUUCUCAGAUGCUUAUGUAAUUUGUGACCAUGACUGAUGCAGGGAGCACAGUCCUAAUAAUCUGUGAUGCAGAUUAAUAUCGUAGAAAAAAGCUGAAGAAUCUCAACAUGGCCCAAAUAUGUCAUAUUUUAUACCUAAAAUGGGAAUUUUGUGCUUUAUUAGACCUGAUGUCUCCCUGGAUCAAUCCUUCUUCAGCUCACUUUGCAAGGGAAAAGGAGAAUUCAGUGGUCCUGAUGACUGUCAUAGGAAUAUUGCUGGCUCUGCCCAUUUUCGGUGUUGUAGUGUGUGAUGUUUAACCUCAUUCAGUAGCCAAAGAAAUUUUACUUGUUUACUGUAAAUACCCAAAUUUGUUGCCCACUUCCACAUAACCACACACAGCCAUAGAACGUACAUUUAAAGCCUAAAAUGAGAUUAAAAGAAUGAACAAAGCAAGAAAAUUUGACAUUUGUGUUAGAUGUUGCUGUUACUCUUGUUUCUUAUAAAAUCAUAUUUUAGUGCUGUUGUUGCAGUAAAUCUGUGGUCACCAAGAUACUGUUCUUUGGGAUGUAGUUUAGGUUCAAGCCUCAGAAGUAAUAUUGAGAUAUGAGUUACUGUUGCGUAAGGCUGUGCACAAAAUUAUGCUAACAGAAAUCAUUUUCAUAAGUAAUGUUUUGGUAUGUAGCAUAGUAGUUAUUGUAAAAAUACAAAAUCUGUUAAAUUUACGAACACUGUGCAUAGACCACAGAAGGAUAACAUUAUGAGUUAACAGUAUGCAUAACAACCAACCAAUGAAAGAUCAGCUACACAUUUUUGAAUUCUGUGAGCCACCUGCAGUGUCCUUUGUUGUUUUAUAUAAGUAAGCUAUAUAACUUAAAUAUUUAUUUAUUUAUAAAUUGCCUGAACAUAAAUUAAAAUCAGUUGUACAUAAAAUGGCUCAGUAUUUAAAUAAUUCAAACAGCCUCAACUUGAGAAUGAAAAAUUACAUAUGUAGCUAUUUGUGUACAUAUGUUCUCUAACGUGGAGAGACAUGUAUCAAAAAUAUUUUUCUGCAAUACAGCUACCAUGUAGCAAUAGUUCUGGAAUAUCUAAUAUGUAUAGCCUUCUGAAAUUUCACACAGAUUACAAAAUGCUUUAUGCUUUA